AUGAAGUUCUCCACAGAGCUUCUGUGCCUGCUGCUCAUAACUGCCACCAUCAGCCCACAGGUGUUGGCUGCGCCAGACUCGGUGUCCAUACCAAUCACCUGCUGUUACACGAUGGCUUCUCAGAAGAUCCCUCUGUGGAGGCUGAAGAGCUACAGGAGGAUCACCAGCACUCAGUGUCCCUGGGAAGCUGUGAUCUUCAGGACCAUACUGGAUAAGGAGAUCUGUGCUGACCCCAAGAAGAAGUGGGUUGAGAACUACAUAAAGCACUUGGAUAAGAAGUCUCAAACUCAGCAUCCUUGA